UAUAUACAUAAAAUAUCUGCUAUAUAAUCAUUAUUAUAAAGAAAAAUAAUAAUUAACCAGCGAAAUGGAAAGUGGAGCUACAAGUGCAAGGGUAGUAGUAGGGCAGAGACAGAAGAUGAAAGUGAUGGUAGCACUUGAUGAAAGUGAUGGAAGCUUUUAUGCACUUCAAUGGAGUCUUGAUAACCUUAUCGAUGGUGUUAGUGCAACAAAUGAACCUAGUCUACAGGAAUCUGGUUUGGUCACUUUGGUUCAUGUUCAACAACCCUUCCAACCCAGUUUUUACCCUGUUGGUCCCGGUGGAGCAGCAGCUUUCUACCCACCAACGACGCUAAUGGAGUCUGUAAGGAAAGCACAAGCUGAAAAUUCUGCAGCAAUACUCUCUCGAGCAUUAAAGAUGUGCAAUGAAAAGAUGAUCAAAGCAGAAACUCUGAUUCUUGAAGGGGAUGCAAAGGACAAGAUUAGUCAGGCUACAGAGCAAAUGGAUGUUGAUCUGCUUGUUGUUGGCAGCCGUGGCCUUGGCAAAAUUAAGAGGGCAUUUUUGGGCAGUGUAAGUGACUAUUGUGCCCAUCAUGCAAAAUGUCCCAUCCUUAUCGUGAAGCCACCAAAGGAGACCGCCAGCAACCAGAGAGAAAAUAAGUCUUUGGGAAUGGAGACAGAAGAAGGUGCAGUGUUAAUGGAGCAGAAGCAGGAGCAGAGGCAGAAGAAGAAGGUGAUGGUGGCACUUGAUGAGAGUGAUACGAGCUUCUAUGCUCUAAAAUGGACCCUUGAUAACCUUAUAAUCAAAGGUGUUAGUCAAGAUUCAGAUAUGGUUACACUAGUUCAUGUCCAACAUUCUUUCCAGACUAGUAUCGUCCCUCUUGGUCCUGCUGGAGCAGCAGCUCUUUACACACCGUCUUCAAUAGCGGAUUCUGUGAAGAAAGCUCAGCAAGAAAAUUCUGCAGCAAUAGUCUCCCGAGCAUUAAAGAUGUGCGAUGAAAAAAUGGUGAAAGCAGAAAGUCUAAUUCUUGAAGGGGAUGCGAAGGACAUGAUUUGUAAAGCUACAGAGCAAAUGCAGGUUGAUCUCGUUGUGGUUGGCAGCCGCGGUCUUGGGAAAAUUAAGAGGGCAUUGUUGGGCAGUGUAAGUUACUAUUGUGCCCAUCAUGCAAAAUGCCCCAUCCUUAUUGUGAAGCCACCAAAGGAAAUCGACAAGUAGUGAAUAUUUUUGGACAUUAUUAAACUAUGUAUGUACUGUGUGUGCAUUUGAAUGUUAAUUUUUAGUAUUUGUAUUGUGUAUAAGAGAUUGUAUUUUUUAGUACUUUGAUCGUCUGAUCAAUCGGAACAAAAAAAAUAAAUCUAAAAGAACAUUUUCUUAAGGUUUUAA